GAAUCUGCUGUGAGUAUAUGAUAGAAAGGUCUCAUCAGGAAGAUUAUUCAUCAGCAUGAAGAAAACAAGAAGUUAUAAAGACAAGAUAAAACAAACAUAACUGAUAAAAACAGGAAGAGAAACCUGUAGUUUAACAGUUUCAUAUGUUUAGAAAAACAAUAUGCAGCCUUUAAGAGCAACAUCUCAACUGGGCCGUGAUAUUCUGAUAACAAAAUCUGAUGUCUGAUCUCAGAUUAAAACAUCAUAUGAAUAACAUCUUCCAGCUCUGUCAUCAAAUCAUAAAUGUGCAGCAUGUCGUUGGUAAAAUGUUCAUAUUUUGUGGUUUAAAAUGAAACGUUCAUUGAUAAAUGUGAUUAUUUAUUAAAGGAGCUGUAAGUGAUAUUCACACUUCGCACUAGAGCAGCAGCAUCUCAGACCUUAACAAAUGGCCGCUACGGCGCACCAGACUCUAUUGAGAAAAACAGUAAUUUUACCUCUCAGAUCAUCAUUAAACACACUUCAUUCAAACUCUACAGAAACAAAAUAAAAGUCUUUGUUAGUCUUUCCACUGCUCCAACAACCAACAAGUCUGGUUUGGUCGAAAUAAAGCCUUCAUUCACCGCGUUAGAUACGAAAAGAGCAGCUCUCCUCGCAGACGGACAGUUUCACAGGACGGACUCUCGUGCACUCUCGUGCACGCUCGGCCGGACCGGCUGUAUGAACACAGCGCAGAGAGGCUGCCGUAGCAACACAGGCAGAGGGGGGGCGACAACAUCCUCUGCUCGGGAUCAGAUUCUCUCAGGAAACUUAGUCACGAAAUAAUCCUACAGUUACAUAAUGAGCUCUUUCUUUAUCACACGCCGACUGGGAGCAGCUUAACUUCUUCUUCUGCUCUUUGUCUUCGUCCUGAGGACUACGAAGAAAUGACACUAAAACUUUUUAAAUGGUAUUAUAUCUAAUUAUUCAUGCUUCUGCCUUUGAUACUGUACGUUGUGGGUCUGAUGAUGUAUGACUCAUAAAGAAGCAGCUGGAUGGAGACAGAUGUUUCGUCAGAUCACAACGAGCCUGCAGGAACAGUUCAUUUUACAGUGUAUAUCUUAGGUAAAUGUGUGAACUUAGACUAGCAUUUGGUACAUGAAGCACCACAGAAACCGUAUUGAACAUGAUGCAGGGCCGGCCACCAUACUGUGCUGCACAGCCACCCGAGGUUGGUGAACUUCCUACGAACCCCCGAGACAGAACUCGUCUGACUGUGAGUCCCAGCAGCUCUCAGCUGUUUGAAGAAGAGUCUGUCUCUCUGAGCUGUGAGGACGACAGCUCUGCAGGAUGGACGCUGAGGAGGAACACAACUGAAGGACGGAUGUCUCAGUGUGGAGAUCGCUGGGGAAAACCUGCUGGUUCUUCCUGUAAGAUCAGCCACGUCCUCCCAUCGGACAGUGGAGUUUACUGGUGUGAGUCCAGAGAGGGAGCAACCAGUAACACCAUCAGCAUCACUGUCACUGGUGGACCAGUGAUCCUGCAGAGUCCUGUCCUCCCUGUGAUGGAGGGACAUGAUGUCACUCUGCACUGUAAACCAAAGACCCCUCCCUCCGACCGCACAGCUGCUUUCUAUAAAGAUGGCUCCCUCAUCAGCACUGAGCCUACAGGUCACAUGACCAUCCACCAUGUUUCCAAGUCUGAUGAAGGCCUCUACAAGUGUAACAGCAGCCGUCAUGGAGAGUCUCCACCCAGCUGGAUCUCUGUCACAGGUAAACCGACAACCACAGCCGCCCCCACAUCUACAGCCCCGCCCCCUGUCUAUACAGCCCCGCCCCCUGCCUCUACAGCCCUGCCCCAUUCCUCAGUCCCCCCCCAGCUUGUGUUCAGACUGGUCUGCCACCUGGUGGUGUUCUGUCCGUACUGCAUCUCCACUGUCCUCAUGGUGUCUUUAUAUCGACACAGGCCCACAGGAAAUGACCUGCUCGUCUCCAUGGUGAUGACCCUGCCCACCCAGGCUGAGGCCGGAUUGGAUGAUGACUAUGAUGAUGUCGUCACUGCUGUCACCACAGAGCAUCACUUCUGAGAUGAUCCAAUAUGUUCAUGGUGUUCUUGUUAUUAAAUGAAGCUAAAACAUUUGAGUCUUCAUAGACAAACAGCAGAGGACCCAGAACACUUCCCUGUGGAACUCCACAUGUUCUAGUUUGACUUUUUGAAUCUCAGACUCACUUUAAACUCUUCUAAUCUUAUACUGUAAGCCGCUGUGUGAGAGCAGUUAUCAGGAUGAACUCUGUCAGGUUUAGUGAAGCCUGAUCACUCAGAGAGAGACUGACUCAGCUAAACUUGAUUCAUGAUAAAAAAUGCAUUGUACAUAGCUGUCAACAUGUUUUUGGUCCACAUGAAAGCUGAUAGCUCUUCAGAUUCUUAGAGGUGUUUCAUAAAAGUAUCUUAGAAAAUUGUCUCAUUGUGAAAAGCCUGUCAUGGCAUGUCAACAUGACAUUUACCAACUUUGAAUUAUCUGAUAGGACACCAGCAAGAAAGUGACAUAACAGCCUCCAUAUAGUUCAGAUAUUGUUUAAAUACGUUCAGACUGGAUGUCUGCCCCUGUAGUAGUUUUAGUCACGCUCUCUUUGAGUGUCUAUGUGGGUUCAUUGGUCCACUUUGUUCCAGACUGAAAUAUCUCAACAGCUGUUGGACGGAUUGUAAUGAACUGUGCUUCAUCAUUCAUGUUCCCCUCAGGAUGAACUGUAAUAACUUUGGAUAUCCUCUGACUUUUAGAGCCACCAUCAGGUCAAAACUUUUCUGUGUCCAAUCUGUUCUGUUUUUUUAAGAAAUACCUGCAAAAUAUCGACAUUCCCAUCAGCCUCAGCUGUACUUUGUGUCUACUGCUAAUUAGCAAAUGUUAGCAUGCUAACACGCUAAACUAUGAUACCCCUGUCUAUGUGCCCAGCGCAGAGCGCAUGGUGCAAAGUUGGGAGGAACAAACAGGUGGGAGUUUCAUUCAGAUGAAGCAGCACAAAGUGUGUUGUUGGUAUUUUCAUUGAAAAUGUGACUAUGUACUGAGAAUAGGUGUCUCAGAACCACGACGAUGUUUCUGGAGCAACGUCACUCCAAUCUGAUUAUUUUCUCAACAACAGAAUAACGCUAAAAUGUAAAUAAACUAUUUUCAUUAAGCACUCCUCAGCCUGUAGAUGCAAGGAAAUCACUAUCAAAAAUGACAGAAUCUGUUGCCCAGUUCCAUUACACACUGAUGUCUCUUGUGUUUACCUUGGCUGCUACAGAAUAACCACACAUCACACUGGUCGGUUAUAACUCGGUAUUCUGCCUGUUUAUGAGGGAGACGUCAUUUUAACAUAUGAUGUGACCAUGGGAAUAAACAUGGGAAUUAAUUUCAAGAAUGAAAAUAUAGACUGUAACCAGACUUAUACUUUAAGAAGACAUCAGAGAUCAGAGUUAAAAAAGAAAACAAAGAAUAGGAAUGUGUAUCCUGCCUCAAAGUGAGAUUUGACGUAGGAUAUAAGAGAGGAGACGGACUCAGCAGACCAAAGAUACUUGUUGUGUUCUGCGUUUUCUGCAUCUCAAACUGACCUUUAAUACAAUUAAUACAUUUGUAUUUUUUUUCAUCCUGCAUAUCAAACAGCAGCAGCUUCCUCCUUUUGAUUCCAGUAAACUGUGUUCUGAAGCUGGUGGUUUCUCACUUGUAGUCAGAUUUAGCUGAUGGUGAUGUGUUUGUCUGUUUGUACUGAAAUGUGUGAACUUGUUUUAAUAGAAGCGAGCAGCUUUGCAGUCGUCCAGUUUCACACAAAUACUCUCCAGUUAUGUAUUAUUCAUUAUUUACAGCAGUGGUGUUAAGAAGAUUUAUUUUUUCUAAAUGCUGUUUCAAAUCAUCUGCAGAAUAAAAUGACAGUUGGUA